GCUUUGCUUGCCUGGUGAUGAAGUACCAUUGCAACCUGGCUCCCUGCCAGGUCUUGGAGUGGCACUUGAUGCAGACAGUGGGCGAGCAUUCGCCACGGCGGCAGGAGUGCUGAGGACUUUGGAGGAAGAGGUCUGUGUGGAGAACCUGCGGAAGAGAUACAUUCCGCGCAAGGGAGAUCACAUCGUUGGCAUCAUAGUAUCGCGCAAUGCAGACUUUUACAAGGUUGAGAUACGUGCACCUUCACCAGCCUUUCUUCCCACGCUCGCGUGGAACGGUGCAACAAAGAGAAAUCGGCCUCUCCUGGAGAUCGGCAUGCUUGUGUACGCAAGGGUGGAGGCAGCGCAUCCGGAUUUGGACACCGAGCUGUCAUGUGUAGACCCAGACACGAAAAAGUCGUGGAACACCGGCGAGGUGCUGCUUGGAGAGCUGAAGGGAGGUCUGAGCUUUGAGGUAGCUCUGACUGCAGCGCAGCGUCUUCUAGCUAUCGACUGCUUCAUCCUUGAUCGGCUUGGCAAGGACUUCUCCUAUGAGCUCUGCGUGGGUCAAAAUGGAAGAGUUUGGCUGGUGGCACCCACUGCCAGAGAGACAGUGCUCCUACUGCAGGCCAUAAAGAGGAGUUUCGGCAUGACAACGAUCCAAAUCGAGGCGAUGGUUGGGAAGAUGGUCGAAGUCUUCUCUUGA